GCCGUGUGGCGCCCUUUGACGACCGUUCGCGCGUCGCCUGGCGGCAGUGUGGCUAUCAUGGCGUCGCCCUUUAGCGGGGUCCUGCAACUCACGGAUCUAGAUGACUUCAUCGGGCCGUCUCAGGACUGCGUCAAGCCCGUGAAGGUGGACGCGAGGCCGGGGCGCGGCGGGGCCAAGAUCCAGGUCGGGGACGACGGCAGCUACUUCCAGGUCCAUCAGGACGGCGGCGCGCGGAGGCUGGAGCGAGCCAGGGUCUCGCUGGACGACUGCCUGGCCUGCAGCGGCUGCGUCACGUCGGCGGAGACCGUGCUCAUCGCGCAGCAGAGCCACGAGGAGCUGCGGAAGGUUCUGGACGCCAACCAGACGGCGGCGCCCGCGAGGCCCAGGCUGGUGGUGGUGUCGCUGUCGCCGCAGUCCACAGCGUCGCUGGCCGCCCGGCUCCAGCUGCCUGCCGCAGACACGGCCAAGAGGCUCGCCUCGUUCUUCCGGAGCAUAGGCGUGCACUACGUCUUCGACGCGGCCUUCUCCAGGAGCUUCAGCCUCCUCGAGAGCCAGCGCGAGUUUGUGGAGCGAUUCCAAAGCCAGGCGCUGCCCGUGCUCACUUCCGCCUGCCCAGGCUGGAUCUGCUACGCCGAGAAGACGCACGGCAGCUUCCUGCUCCCCUACAUCAGCACCGCCCGCUCCCCGCAGCAGGUCAUGGGCUCCUUGGUCAAGGACUUCUUCGCCCAGCAGCAGCACGUGACCCCCGACAAGAUCUACCACGUCACCGUGAUGCCCUGCUAUGACAAGAAGCUGGAGGCGUCCAGGCCCGACUUCUUCAACCAGGAGCACCAGACCCGGGAGGUGGACUGCGUGCUCACCACCGGAGAGGUCUUCAAGCUGUUGGAGGAGGAGGGGGUCUCGCUGCUGGAGCUGGAGCCCACCCCUCUGGACAGCCUGUCCAGUAGCUGCUCCGCCCAGGAGCCCACCAGCCACCCGGGUGGGGGCUCGGGGGGCUACCUGGAGCACGUGUUCCGGCACGCGGCCCGGGAGCUCUUCGGGAUCCAGGUCGCCGAGGUCACUUACAGACCCCUGAGGAACAAGGACUUCCAGGAGGUGACCCUGGAGCGGGAGGGCCGGGUGCUGCUGCGCUUCGCCCUGGCCUACGGCUUCCGCAACAUCCAGAACCUGGUGCAGAAGCUCAAGCGCGGCCGCUGCCCCUACCACUACGUGGAGGUCAUGGCCUGCCCCUCAGGCUGCCUGAACGGCGGAGGGCAGCUGCGCGCCCCAGACGGCCACGGCCGGGAGCUGCUGCAACAGGUGGAGCGGCGCUACGGCGAGCUCGGGGCGCAGGCGCCCGAGGACGUGCCCGGCGUGCGGCUCCUGUACGCGCAGUGGCUGCAGGGUCAGGGCUCGGAGCGGGCCGGCCGCCUGCUGCACACGCGGUACCACGCCGUGGAGAAGGCCGGCUCCGGCCUCAGCAUCAGGUGGUAGGAGACGCCCGCCCGCACCGGGACCUCCAGGACCGUCCCCGGCGCGAGCCGCGGCGACGGCAGAAGCCGUGCAGCAGCAGGGCCCUGGGCCCCCGCCUCUGCGGAGGCAUGAGGGGCCGAAGGGGAGGCCGGAGCUGGCCCAGACCAGGGCCCACAUGCGCCGGGCAGGUGUGUGAAGGCUCCGGCUGGGCCUGGGGCGCCGAGGCAGAACCGAGUGGGUUCCCCACCCCUUGUGGAGCGUGCAGGGGGUGGUGGCAGUUGGCGGAGCUGGACCGCGGGCACAGCCGGUGCUGUACCCGGGCCCUCUGAAGGCCCGUGCAGCCCCCUGGGCCGUGCCGGACGCCCUGGGCCGGGAAGCACCCGCUCACCAGCUGGACAGGGCUUCAGAGGCGGGCUCCGAGUCAGCUGACCAGCACGGGAGGGGACGUGGAAGCUGGUCCCUGAGCUAUGCCUCCCCCACCCCACACGGUGCCCCCCAGACCUGGCCAGCACUGGCCUGGCCCCUCUCCCAGGGAGUCAGUGACUGCCCGAGGUUGGGAGGGCACUGGCUGGAAGGCCCCCAAGGACCUGCCUGGACCACACAAGGCCCCACAGAUAUUCCAGCGGGGCUGGCGCUGUGGCUUAGCAGGUAAAGCCGCCACCGGAGAUGCUGGCUGGAGACCCGGCUGCUCCUCUCUGCUAUGGCCUGGGAAGCAGUGGAAUAUGGCCCAAGUCCUUGGGUCCCUGUACUGGCAUAGGAGACCUGGAGGAGGCUCCUGGCUUCAGAUCUGCCCAGCUCCGGCCAUUGCAGCCAUUGGAAGUGAACCAGUGGGUGGAAGACCUGUUUGUGCCUCUGUAACUCUGCCUUUCAAAUAAAUAAAUAUCAAAACAAACC